UUUUGAAAUCCGGAAGCUAUCCGUGACCUGGAAGUAUUCAAUUUUAUUGUAGGAAGUUUCCGCCAGAAGAACGAAAUCUUAACAGAGGGGCGAAAAGGCGGAAAAUAAAAACGUAUGGAUUCUCCAGGCAGAAGUCGAAGUCCCAGUCCUAGGCAAAAAGAACAAAGUGGACCUACAGAAGACGAGUCCUGUGCUGCAGCAGAAAAGCCCCAACAGGCCGGCUCAGUUGAGGGAAGCCCCAAAGAGAGGCCAUCUCCUCAGGCCAGUCCUGCAGGCCGUUCCCCCUCUGGGAGCCCUGCCUCCAGCAGCUCUGAUGACAGCAGCAGUAGUGAUGAUGAGGAUGAACAUAACGGGGCACUGAGGAAGUUAAGGAGCAGUGUGGCUCAGAUCAAAAGAUCAAGAUCCAAGUCCAUGUCCAGAGAGCGAGACAGAUCCAUAUCCAGAGAGCGAGACAGGUCCAGGUCCAGAGAGCGAGACAGGUCCAGGUCCAGAGAGCGAGACAGGUCCAGGUCCAGAGAGCGAGACAGGUCCACAUCCCGAUCCAGGUCCAGAGGGCGAGACAGGUCCAGGUCCAGAGAGAGAGACCGAGAUCGGGGCCGCUACGACAGAGGACGCUAUACUCGUGAUCGCUAUGACGAUCGCCGUGACGACAGGGACGGGCGUUUUGACCGGUGGACGAAUCGGGAUUCAGAGUUUGAUCACAGGAGGAGAGGACGCUCAGGCUCCCUUCCAACAGACAGGGAGCCAGCGGCGGCUGAAGAGCCGCCGGUCAAGAAGAAGAAAGAGGAGGUCGACCCAAUCCUGACGAGGACGGGUGGAGCUUACAUCCCCCCCGCCAAGCUGCGCAUGAUGCAACAGCAAAUCACUGACAAGACCAGCCUGGCCUAUCAGAGGAUGAGCUGGGAGGCCCUGAAGAAGUCCAUCAACGGUCUGAUCAACAAAGUCAACGUGUCGAACAUCGUCCACAUCAUCCAGGAGCUGCUGCAGGAGAACAUCAUCAGGGGAAGGGGUCUUCUGGCUCGCUCAGUGCUGCAGGCUCAGGCAGCAUCUCCGACCUUUACUCACGUUUACUCCGCUGUUGUCGCCAUCAUCAACUCCAAGUUCCCUCAGAUUGGAGAGCUGAUCCUCAAACGCCUCAUCCUGUCCUUCAGGAGGAGCUACCGCCGCAACCUCAAGCAACAGUGCCUGACAGCCUCAAAGUUUGUGGCACAUCUCAUCAACCAGAACGUGGCCCAUGAGGUUUUGUGUCUGGAGAUGCUCACUCUGCUGCUGGAGCGUCCAACUGACGACAGCGUGGAGGUCUCCAUCGCCUUCCUGAAGGAGUGUGGGCUCAAACUGACCGAGGUGUCCCCGCGAGGAAUCAACGCCAUAUUUGAGCGUCUCAGGAAUGUCCUCCACGAGUCGGCCAUUGAUAAGAGGGUCCAGUACAUGAUCGAGGUGAUGUUUGCCAUCAGGAAGGACGGUUUUAAAGAUCAUCCGGUGAUCCCAGAGGGCCUGGACCUGGUGGACGAGGAAGACCAGUUCACCCACAUGCUGCCGCUGGACGACGAGUACAAUGUCGAGGAAAUGCUCAAUGUGUUUAAGAUGGACCCAGACUUCCUGGAUAACGAGGAGAAAUACAAAACCAUCAAAAGAGAUAUCCUGGACGAGGGCAGUAGCGAUUCAGGGGAGGAGGGCGACGGCAGCGAAGAAGAUGAUGAAGAGGAAGAAGAGAACGUGCAGGAGGGAGAAGAUGAGAAGGUCACCAUCUUUGAUCAGACAGAAGUCAACCUGGUUGCUUUCAGAAGAACCAUCUACCUUGCUAUCCAGUCCAGUUUGGACUAUGAGGAGUGCGCUCACAAACUGAUCAAGAUGGACUUUCCUGACAGCCAGACGAAGGAGCUAUGUAACAUGAUCCUGGACUGCUGCGCUCAACAGAGAACAUACGAGAAGUUCUUUGGUUUGCUGGCCGGGAGGUUCUGUCUGCUGAAGAAAGAGUACAUGGAGAGUUUUGAGGGGAUUUUUGCGGAGCAGUACGAAACGAUUCACCGACUGGAGACCAACAAACUGAGGAACGUGGCUCGACUGUUCGCUCACCUGCUCUACACAGACUCUGUGCCCUGGAGUGUGUUGGAGUGCGUCAGGAUGAGUGAGGAGACCACGACGUCGUCCAGCAGAAUCUUUGUGAAGAUCCUCUUCCAGGAGCUCUGUGCCUACAUGGGCCUCCCCAGACUCAACCAGAGGCUCAAAGACAUGACUCUGCAGCCGUUCUUUGAAGGUCUUUUUCCUCGUGAUAAUCCCAGAAACACUCGCUUCGCCAUCAACUUCUUCACUUCUAUUGGACUGGGAGGACUGACGGACGAGUUAAGGGAACAUUUGAAGAACGCUCCCAAGAUGAUCAUGACUCAGAACCAGGAAGUGGAAUCCUCUGACUCCUCGUCCUCUUCAUCCUCGUCAUCCUCUUCAUCCUCCUCUGACUCAUCCAGCGAAUCAGAUUCCUCCUCCUCAGACUCCUCCAGCGAAUCAGAUUCCUCCUCCUCAGACUCCUCCAGCAGCUCAGACGGAAAACGCAGGAAAAAGAAGAAGAGUAAAGAACAAAACGAGGAGAAAAAGAAGAAGAAAGGGAAAGACAAGAAUCGAGCCGUACGAAAGAAUCGAGCCGUACGCAAGAACGACGAGGAGGAGGAUGACAGUGAUGAUGAAAAACAGGCGAGGAAGGACAGGAAGGGCCGCACCCGUGAAGUGGAUGGGCGUGAGCGCGCACGUGAAGUGGAUGGGCGUGAGCGCGCACGUGAAGGCAGCCGCCGUAGCAGACGAGAUGAAAGAGCAGAAGAAGAAGAGGAGCAGCAGGCGGAGGAGAGGAGACGAAAAACGGAUGUUCAAGGCCGACAAAGAGACGGAGAGAGGGAGAGAGAGAGAGACAGCGGGAGGGAGAGAGAGAGAGAGCGAGUGAGGGAGAGAGAGACUGAGGAGAAGAGAGAGAGGGAAAGGGAGCAAGAGAAACCGAGGGAUAGAGAAAAGAAUAAAGAGAACAGAGACAGGAACAGAGAGCGAGAGGAGAGGAGGAGGAGGUAAAACUCUUCCUUUCUCCCUCCUGAAGCAGCAGUGAUGGACUGACAUCUUUUUCUUCAGUUCUGUCAUCCCUCGCUUCUUUACCUCAUCCUGUCAACCUCUUUUGUUUUGGAUUUGGGACCUGUCUCUCUCUUCACCUGUCUCUCUAUGUCUACAUCUGUCUGCCUGUAUUUUCUAAUAAUGAUUUUGUUGUUGAUAAAUGCGAGAGAAAAAACCCAUUAAAGUUGCUUUAGAUGUUUUCUAA